UGCAGUGGAUUGUGGGUAGUAUUGUUGUUGGGCUUUUUUGAGCUUUGUUUUAAUGGUAGUUGGUUAUGUUUUUGUGUGUAAUGUGAAACGAUAAAUGAUAAAAAGGAAGUGCUGCUUUGAUAUUGUCAUAAUUGGAAAAUUGGAUUUUAGAAAUCAUUGAAUAAACCAUGAAUUUUGAUGGUCUUGAUUCUGGCCUUGGGGAAUACUCACCAUCCCUGCAUCCUGGCAUUGACCCUUCCCUGGACAAUUCAAUUGAGCAUUCCCUGGACCCACGGCUUGACCCCAACUUACUGCAGAAUGUGGAACUGGAAGCAGAUGGUGUCCAGCUGGAUGGCAUGCCGGUCUCAGUAUCUGAAUCUGUACACCUUGUGGAGGGAAUGUAUUCAGCGCUGCACAGGGUUGUUGCAGAAGUCGGAGUCCCUGUAACUGCAUCACAUUUUGACCUUCAAGAUGAAUUGCUCUGGGUGGGAAAUCAUGGGGGCCAUGCAACCUCCUUCUUUGGUCCCACUAUGGAACGCUACUCAUCCUUUCAAGUUAACGCCACUGAUGACAUACGUCACAUCCAAAGCAUAGACAGUGGAGUGCUCUUUUUAAAUAAGAAUAACCUCAAGUGCUUUACUCGAGGAGGACUUAUAAUGUUUGAUUAUGCUAUGGAUGAAGUUGAGGACAUGCACAGUCUUCUUCUCACUGACAACAACUCUGUUCUCUUGGGGGGCCUUCAAAAUCAUGUCAUAGAAGUAGACUUAAAUGCAGUGCAAGAAAGUGAAAAGUACACAGUUGAAGUUCCAGGAGUUACAAUCAUGCGACAGUCCAACCGCUUCUUCUUUUGUGGCCAUACAUCAGGAAAGGUAUCCCUCCGAGAUUUGAGAAGUUUUAAAAUGGAGCAUGAAUUUGAUGCUUACUCUGGAAGCCUCUCUGAUUUUGAUGUACAUGGAAACCUAUUGGUAACAUGUGGCUUUUCAAAUCGAAUGAAUGGCUUGUCAUGUGACAGAUUCUUGAUGGUGUAUGAUCUCCGUAUGAUGCGGGCAAUCAGCCCGUUGCAGGUUCACGUGGAUCCUCUGUUCCUGAGAUUUAUUCCUACAUACACAUCAAGACUGGCCAUCAUCUCUCAAUCAGGGCAAUGCCAAUUUUGUGAACCAACAGGCCUUGCAAGCCCAGCAGAUAUUUUCCACAUUAACACUGUAGGACAAUUAGUCAUGACAUUUGAUGUAUCUUCUAGCAAGCAAGCUUUGGUGUUUGGAGACUCUGGAGGAUGUGUACAUCUAUGGGCAGACUCACCAGAUGCUACGUUUAAUGCCUAUUCUCGUGAGACUGAGUUUCCAAUGCCAUGUAUGGUAGAUACUCUACCACAUCUAGAUUGGAACGAUGAUCUUUUGCCUUUAUCGCUCAUUCCUGUCCCUCUUAUUACUGAAUCUCUAUUGUCUGACUGGCCAACAGCAAACUGUAGUGUUACACCCAGACGAGCUCCACCUGUCGAUCUUGAGAUACUGCGUACUAUGAAGAAAGUUGGGUUUAUUGGAUAUGCGCCGAAUCCCAAAACAAAACUGAGAAAUCAGGUUCCAUAUAAAUUGAAGGAGAUGGAUGCAGAAUUUGACAGCUACAAUCAAAUCCCCGAGUCUCCUAUUGGAAGGGAGGAAGAGCCUCAUCUGUACAUGGUGCCAAAGAAAUACCGAAAGGAUGAAAUUUAUCAGGGCCAUGGGACUUGCCAUUCUGACAACUUACUCAAUACUACUUGUCUGGUUACUAUAAAAUACUCAAAACUUGGUUUAGAAGACUUUGAUUUCAAACACUACAACAAGACGCUGUUUGCAGGUUUGGAGCCACACAUUCCCAAUGCUUACUGCAACUGUAUGAUUCAGGUGCUGUAUCUGCUGGAGCCCAUCCGCUGCCAUGUUCAGAAUCAUCUAUGUCAGAAGGAAUUUUGCUUGGGCUGUGAACUUGGAUUCCUAUUUCACAUGCUCGAUCUUUCGAGAGGUGACCCAUGCCAGGCCAGCAAUUUCCUUCGUGCUUUCCGAACUAUUCCAGAAGCAUCGGCUUUGGGAUUGAUCUUGGCUGAUUCUGAUGAAGCAACUGGGAAGGUGAAUUUGGGCCGUCUCAUACAGAGCUGGAAUCGAUUUAUAUUGACACAACUACACCAGGAGACACAGGAGCAGGAGGGCCCACAGGCCUAUCGAAAUGUCAUGGGGAGUACAUUUGGAUCUUCUGGUGAAUCUGUGAUUGGGAAGCUGUUUGGUUGUGAAGUUGAGAAUUGUAGCACUUGUCGCUGUGGAAAAGAAACUGUUCGGGUUUCUUCGAGUCUGCUUUUCACUUUGCAGUAUCCUGAUAUGAAAAAUGCUGACAAAAGUAUUCGACAGUAUGAGUUUGCUGAAGUGCUGAAGAGAAGUAUUUGUCUUGAACAGAACACCCAGGCCUGGUGUGAAAACUGUGAGAAAUACCAACCUACGGUUCAAACCAGGAAUAUUCGAUGCUUACCUGAUGUUCUUGUUAUUAACUGUGAAGUGAACAGCAGAAAGGAAGCUGAAUUCUGGAAAUGCCAAGCUGAGUAUGAAUUACACAACAAGAUGAGAAAGGAAGAUUUGGAAGCAAUGAAAAUGAAAGAAAAUAACCCAACAGAAUGGGAAGCACUUUGUAAUGCAGAAGGACUGAGCUUCUAUACAUCAAUUGAGGAACUGAAAAAUAUAUGGAUCCCAUGUUCUAUCAAGAUGAAGCUCACUAAAACAAAAGAGCUGGAAGUCACAAACUGGACUGAAAAUGAAGGUUUGAACCCUUCAGAAGAUGAGGAGAGCACCUACCUAUAUGAUCUGGUGGUAACAGUGGCCCACAUUUUAGACCCUCGGACUGGUGGAAAUCUUGUAGCCCAUAUCAAGGUUGGCGAAACGUAUCAUCAACGAAAGGAGGGCGUCACUCAUAAACAGUGGUAUCUGUUUAAUGACUUUCUCAUUGAACCAAUUGACAAGUGUGAGGCUGUGCAGUUUGAUUUGAGUUGGAAGAUCCCCUGUAUUCUGUAUUACGCUAGACGAAAUUUGAAUUCCAAGUAUGAUUUAACAAUAAAAAAUCCAAUUGAAGCAAGUGUUUUGCUGGCAGAGGCAUCUCUCGCUAGAAAGCAGCGAAAAUGUCAUGCAACUUUUAUUCCAUUAAUGCUGAAUGAAAUGCCCCAGCCUAGUGAUUUAGUGGGCUUGGAUGCAGAGUUUGUCACAUUGAAUCAGGAAGAAGCAGAGCUGCGUAGUGAUGGAACAAAAUCCACGAUCAAGCCCAGCCAAAUGUCAGUUGCCAGAAUCACAUGUGUGCGAGGUCAGGGACCGAAUGAAGGUGUUCCGUUCAUUGACGAUUACAUUUCCACACAGGAGCAGGUUGUGGACUACUUGACUCAGUAUUCUGGAAUCAAGCCUGGAGACCUUGAUGCCAAAAUUUCAUCCAAGCACCUAACCACCUUGAAGUCAACGUACCUGAAACUGAGAUUCCUUAUUGAUAUUGGAGUAAAGUUUGUGGGACAUGGGCUGCAGAAGGACUUCAGAGUCAUAAAUCUUAUGAUACCGAAGGAGCAAGUGAUAGACACGGUGUAUUUGUUUCACAUGCCUCGGAAGAGGAUGAUUUCAUUGCGUUUUCUUGCAUGGUAUUUUCUAGAACUCAAAAUUCAGGGCGAAACACAUGACAGUAUCGAAGAUGCUCGCACGGCGCUACAGCUCUAUCGCAAGUACUUGAAAUUGACCAAGCAUGGUAUAGAUGUUGAUGAAUUCCGGAAAAUACUUAAAGGUCUCUAUGAGAAAGGCAGAAAGAUGGACUGGAAAGUACCAGAACCAGAAGGAGAGGUGCAGAAUAGUCCAAAAAGCGCCCAGUUUUCUCACCUCUGAUGGGUUUAUGUUGUGAAGACAUAUGAAUGAAAUAUCUAACCUAAUGAGGAGCGAAUCCUGCAGCAUUUGUGGGGGAAAAAACGUUUGUAUUUCUAACAGAUUCUGGAAGAAGCUAUUUUCUAAAUGGAGACUGCAUGGAGAAUGUUUGACAUGUCAGAGUAUUAAAUUAUAUCAUCAACAAAUAUUGUUCUGACUGGCCGAGAAGUGGGGAGAAAAAUCGGAUUGUUUGGAAAAGUAGCAGUAACAAGUCACUGUUUCCAUUUGACUAAAAAUGUGUUUUGAUACAAAAACAGUAAAUACUGGAAAUAUUUGGCAAGUCAGACAGCAUUUCUGGAAAGAAAACAACAUUAAUGUCUCAAAUUAAUUACCUUUGCUGUGACUGCACUCUCCAAUACUGAGGACCAGCAUUCUGCCAAGGCUUCCAAAUCUCCAGAGGUUUCUCUGCAAACAUUCCAUUUAUUUUUAUUUGCUAUUUUUCACACUUUCUUUUUCUAUUUAGUUCCUUUUUUUCCUCUUCCUUGCCUUUAAAAACGAAUGCCCUCCUAGAGCUGUGCUCCAAGGUCAGGAUGAUCCAAAUAGCCCUGACAUGGCUGGCAGACUUCAAGAUUUUAGCAGCUCGGCAAUUGAGUGGAAAUCCAUAAAACACUUGAUUGUUUCAGGAAGAAAAUCCAUAGGGUUCAUAAACAUUUUGAUGGAAAUAUUGUCAUACAUUGCCAUCAGGUUGCACGUGCAGCUAUUAUUCAGUGAAAUCAUUGGUUUGCAAGAAAUUAUAGCCUUCCAUGAUGUAGAGAUCGUGUUUUUAGUACUGUCAUGUUGACCUAAGGUGCUCCACAUUGAUUUUAAUGUUCAACAAAAUAUUUUAGGUUAUUUUAUGAAACAGUAUAUGGGAAUGAUGCCAUGGCAGCAUUGUCACCAUGGUAACAGUCCACACUAUUUCAAGAAUGUUUUUACAGUGCUUCCUCCCCACCCCCCAACCCCAUCUUCUGGCCAACAGGAUCUUCAGCUGCUACAUUGCUGAGGUUCCUGAAAUUCCAGGUCAUUUGGAAAUUCUAACUUAGCAUUUUUGAGCUUACAUACGAUUUUCAAAUAGCUAGCAAUUUGUACAUAUGAUGUGAGAUACUGUCAAUAUUCUGCAUUAAUUACCUGCAUUGGAAGGAACAGCAUUUUGCACUUCCUACCAUAUGAUUGGAAGCUCUUUUUAAAAGUUCUGUUGAAAUACCUCUGGUCUACCUUUUGUUCUCUUAAGAUAAGAAUAAAAGCUUUAUUUUUAAUUAA